CUCGAGCCCGGUGGCGGCGUGGGUGAUCGGGAGGCACCUGCAGGCAUGGGGGAGGCCCGGACUGGCAUGGGCGCGCCGGCUGAUGGGCUAUCUCCCGCAGGGUUGCCGAUGCCGGAGGCCGGCGUGGAGGCGGAGGUGGCGAAGCUGCUGCCCUUCCUGGCGCCCGGGGCGCGGGCUGACCUGCAGGCGGAGGCGGUGCGGCACGUGCUGGCGCUGACCGGCUCUGGGCCCGGUCGGGCGCUGCUGGCCGGCCAGGAGGCGCUGCUGCGGGCCCUGGUCGAGCUGGCUGCGGCCGCGGCCCCGGCCCCGGCCCCGGCCCCGGCCCGCGACGCCGCUCGUGCGCUCGUCAACCUGGCUGCCGAGCCCGGCCUGCACGAGCGGCUGCUGGAGGCCGAGCCCGCGCUGCCUGCCCGCCUGCUGGGCCGCGCGUUGGACCCAGCGUGGCCCUGGGCCGAGGAGGCGGCCGCCGCGCUGGCCAAUCUCAGCCGCGAGCCGGCGCCGUGUGCCGCGCUGAUGGCAGCGCUGGAAGCCGAGGAGCCGGGGGAGUCGGGCCUGGAGCGGCUGGUGCGCGCGCUGUGCACGCCCGACUACAACGCCCGGGCGCCCCUGCAUUACCUGGGGCCAGUGCUCUCCAACCUCAGCCAGCGUCCCGCGGCGCGGGCCUUCCUGCUGGACCGCGAGAGGUGCGUGGUCCAGCGGCUGCUGCCCCUUACCCAGUUCUCAGACUCCUCGGUGCGCAGGGGCGGGGUGGUGGGGACUCUCCGAAACUGCUGCUUCGAGCAUCGACACCACGAGUGGUUGCUUGGGCCCCAGGUGGACAUUCUCCCUUUCUUGCUGCUGCCCCUGGCUGGGCCUGAGGACUUCUCUGAGGAGGAGAUGGAGCGGCUGCCUGCCGACCUGCAGUAUCUGCCGCCAGACAAGCAGCGAGAGCCUGAUGCUGACAUCCGCAAGAUGCUCCUCGAGGCCAUCAUGCUGCUAACAGCCACAGCGUCUGGUCGGCAGCAGGUGAGAAACCAGGGAGCCUACCUGAUCCUGCGUGAGCUACACAGCUGGGAGCCAGAGCCCGACGUGCAGGUGACUUGUGAGAAACUCAUUCAGGUGCUCAUUGGGGAUGAGCCAGAGCCGGGCAUGGAAAACCUGCUGGAGGUACAGGUGCCCGAGGAUGUGGAGAGACAGCUGCAGCAGCUGGACCACCAGGAGCUGGAGCAGCACACCCAGGUGCAGCCACAGGAGCUGGCCCCAGAACCACAAGCAGAGGGGGCUACACCCACCUGAGGCCCUUGCAACCCACCACCAGCUCCAGGCCCACCUUUGCCAGCCCUUCAGUCCAGGCCUUCCUGCAGCCACCCGCAGGCCUCUGGGUCUCCUUGCUCAGAGGUUGUUCCCUGCUGAAAAGCAGAGCUACGCUUACGCUCAGGGUGAGGUGUCUAGGGCGAAUGCCCAAUAAACCUGCGAGGGUCGGGGUACCUCCUCGUGCCCUCGAGCAACUCAGCUUGCUCAGACCAGCACUGAUCAGCCAGAGCUAGUCACGCCCUGUGACUCUCAGGUACGUACCUCCAGGAAGGUGGCCGAUGGGGCUGGACAGAUAAGCCGUACAAGCCUGAGCAGCCCCCAAGGGCACUACAGAGGUCUGGGCAUCGGUGGGCAUCCAGGUGCAAGCAGUGCCCUUUGCUGCCAGUCCAACCUGAGUCUUCAAUCCUGGGGUCCUCGGCUUGCCCUGCCAGAGAUCCAGGCUCAAAGGACUGACCUCUCGUGACUUUCACCAGCCUCAGCCUGUCCUGGGAUCUCCUAGAGCUGCGCCCCCCUGGUUUGUCCUUGGAGCGCUUGCUGGGUACUGUCUCUCUUCAUCCCCUCCCCCGUCCUGCUCAGUCCCUUGCUAGUUUCUCCAGCCCAGGACUGAUGUGAUGCGGCUCGCUGUCCCCACUAACUAGGCUCUAUCCUUGGUCAGUUUCCUUGAGUUUCAGAGCCCCUUGCCUCACACAUGGAGAGUCUUCCUGAUGGGCCUGCAGCCUUGCUCUUUGCCAGACCUUUUCCCUUACCACCCUCUGCCCCCGUGGCGCCCCCUUUGGGCCCAAGAAACUUGUUCUCCCCCAGCCCCUUGUGUGGGUCCUCUGUUCUGCAGCUGCCAAGCCAAGCCUGGUAGGCUGUCCGCGUGGCCCUCCCCGCACUGUGCUCCCUUCCUGGUGCCAUCUUUGGCAUAGGACUCCCUUGCACUCUGGCACUGGAGUGCAGCCUGACGCCCUGACUUCCCAGCACCCUCACUCCACACGUCCUCAGUCCUGUCACUGCCUCCAAAGCCGGAGGUCCACUCCAGUUCCACCAAGGCUGGGUGCCUCAUGGAAACGAGGUAUCUCCUGUCUCUGUGGUACCCUCUGUGUUUGCCUCCUCCCGAGUAAAGCUCUGGCAUGGAGGCGCGUGGGCUCGCGUUCUCCCUGGAUGGGGAGUGCUAGUGGGUUCCCCGUGGCUGGCUGCCCUGGCCUGUGCUGAGACAGCAGCAUCCCCUCCAUAAAAUAAAUGUUUUAUCUGGCCUCA